AUGUUCUGUAUCUCCUCCCUUAAACCUCAAAGAGACACACAACAACACAAGGGAAAAUCUGAUCUCAUGGGUAAUUACAGGUUCAGGCUAUCAGAUAUGAUACCAAAUGCCUGGUUUUACAAGCUCAAGGACAUGAGUAGAACCAGAAAGCAAAACUCAAUACACCCCACAAAGAAAAAACAUCAACCCAUAUCAUCAUCAUCAUCAGCAAAGCAGCCCCACGUCUCCCAGCAGAGGAAAUCCUACUACUUUACAAGAGACCUUACUCCACAACCAAGUCAUAUCACAUUCUACAACAACUUAGCCUCAAGCCCCAAGGUCUCAGACGCUCAUUUUCCAGACCCGCCAAGAAAAUCAUCCAAGAAGAGACGUAGCACCAAGAGAAACAGAUCCUCCAACAGGUCAUCCCCGAGGCUCGUCACCUCCUCUAUGUCAGCCGGUUGCAGCUGUCGAACCAGUCUCGAAUCCGUCUCGACUAAACCCGAUUCAACGGCCGAGGAGUACCCGAAUUCCCCUCCUGAUAGCUCCUCUGAGCAUGAAUCACUCUUGCCUGAGAUUGGCUCUGACCGUUGUUUCACCCCUUCAACAUUCGAUGGCAUGGUUUCUUGGUCUACAUCUUGUCACUGCGGGGACAUCGUGAUUGACAUGGACAACAAACGAAUCAGUGGAAAAUUGAAUGAGCUUGACAAGCUUGAUGGGUUUGAUACAGUAUCUCAACUUGACCUCCCUCCAAUCAUAACCAAACCGGCAUUGGUAAAGGAAAUGAAGAAGAAAGAGACCAAUGAACCAAUCAAGUUUAGGAGGAGCUCGGCUACAUUUGAUGAAGGAAACGUCCAUGGAUCUUUAUCUGUCAAGGUAGUCAAGGAGGAUAUUAUUAAUACUGCUUCAAAAGAACAGAGGAAAAGUUUUUCUUCAAGAAAAAAUACGGUGAAUUCGCCAGGAAUGAAGCUAAGGAUCAACUCUCCAAGAAUAGCAAGCAGAAGAAUUCAAGGGCGAAAGAGUGUAUCAUCGAAUUCGAGUUCAAGUUCAAGGAGGAGUUUAUCGGAGAGUUUAGCCGUGGUGAAGUCGUCUCAGAACCCACAAAAAGAUUUCAGGGAGUCGAUGGUGGAGAUGAUAGUGGAGAACAACAUCAGGGACUCAAAGGACUUAGAAGAGCUUCUUGCAUGUUAUCUUUCAUUGAAUGCUGAUGAAUAUCAUGAACUUAUCAUCAAGGAGUUAUCUGUUAUCCGUUUUAAUGUUGAGCUCAAAACGUCCGAACAGGCGAUUAUCGUUGACCUUGUGGAAGCCAAUUCGAGCCUUGAUCUGAGUUGGAUGAUCCUAGGCUUUUCACAAGGGAUAAGAUGGGGACAAAAAUCUGAGGGCCAGGUGAGAGCCACGUAUGACAACACCAUUGGAAAGUCAUGGAGUAGUUCAUCUGGGUGCAGACGUGCAGUAUGUGAAGAUGCUGGAGUUGUGCCUCAUGGCAAAACACCCAAAUUACGGAACCACUAA